AUGGAGAACUCUGAGAGUCAAAAUCUCAAAAGAAAUUCUGGUUAUGAGAGGCCUGAAGACAAGCACGACGGUGCUAGUGGCAAGUCUCAUCUACAGACAAACAAGCAGGUGAAAAUCCAAGAAGGUAGAAAAAACAGAGACAAGGAAGAUCAUGGAUGCGAUACUGGUUGGAUUUCAGAUAUAUCGAACAAUUUUCCUAUCAGAGGCAUUUUGAUUCCUGGACAAUACGAAGAUCUAGUCUCACUUGUGAGGCCAUUGAUGAGCAUUUCUGUAGAACAGACAAUGGAGAGUUUGGAGUCUUUGGCAUUUGAAUUUUUGGAGGGAACUAAGGGUCUGGUAAAGGCGGGAGCCAACGGUCAACCCCAUUAUGGUUUUGGUUUUGAAGUUCCUGGUCUCACAGGAAAGGUUCUUUCAUGCCCCACCAGUACUCUGAAAUUUCGACAGCAACGUGUCUCGUGUAGAGGACUUGCGUUUCCCAACGUCGUUUGUUUGUGGGCAUCAAUUUGCCUUGACAAUCAGCGUCUGACUGUAGGAUUAGAAAGGCUUUCAACAUCCUCUUGUGGCUCUCCAUCUUCCAACAAGAAAGCAAGACAAAAUGAUCUACCAACAUCAAGCAAAAGAUCUGCAACGCUAGCUGUUGAGCUGGCUGCUGCUAGUGACAGAAAUGACAAAACCUAUCACUACAAGUUACGUCACCAAGACAACUUGAGACUGGUGAAGUUCACCGUACUUCCGAGCACAAGCAAUCCAACAUGA